UCGAUGAUGUCAAAAUCUGUCAGUUUGUGACUAUCGAGUUGUGUUACAAUUUGUAAACAAUUAAAUCCAGAAAACAACCCGUAAAUAAAACACAUAGUGAAUAAAAAAAGACGAGUAUAGUUACUGAAAAUUUAAGUUCAAUUAUGGUUUCAAACAUCAGAUAGGAUUAUUUGGACGAUUUUGUGAAUGGACGAGCUGUGGAAAUAUUAAAUGUCGAUCAGUAUGCAACCACAACUAAUCUCUGGUGCAGUGAAUAAGUAAUCAACUGAAUUGUGAAGAUGCACCGGAGCCUUCGCAUCGGCAGCGGACCUUUGGAUUCCAAUACGUUGUCUGCAUUAAAAUCUGGCCCUUAUGAGGGCAAAAUCGCCGGACUUUAUGAUUUAGAAGAAACUCUAGGAAGAGGUCAUUUCGCCGUUGUCAAAUUAGCGAGGCAUGUUUUCACAGGCGAAAAAGUCGCCGUUAAGGUUAUCGAUAAAAGCAAACUGGACGAAGUCUCAAAAGCGCAUCUUUUUCAGGAGGUGCGAUGCAUGAAAUUAGUACAACACCCUAACGUAGUCCGUUUGUAUGAAGUAAUAGACACAGCCACUAAGUUAUAUUUAAUAUUAGAACUAGGAGAUGGCGGUGACUUAUACGACUACAUUAUGAGACAUGACACGGGCCUAUCCGAACAGUUGGCUAAAGAGUAUUUCAGACAAAUAGUUAGAGCUAUAUCGUACUGUCAUCAGCUGCAUGUUGUUCAUCGUGAUCUCAAACCCGAAAAUGUGGUUUUCUUCGAAAAAUUGGGUGUCGUUAAAUUAACUGACUUUGGAUUUAGCAAUAAAUUCUGCCCUGGUCAAAAACUUGAAACGUCAUGUGGCAGUCUAGCAUAUUCUGCACCAGAGAUUUUGUUGGGUGAUUCGUACGAUGCACCUGCUGUUGAUAUUUGGUCACUGGGUGUGAUUUUAUAUAUGUUAGUGUGUGGGCAAGCACCGUUUCAAGAAGCUAAUGAUUCCGAAACUCUCACUAUGAUUAUGGACUGUAAAUAUAGUGUUCCUCCGCAUGUAUCAAAAGACUGUCAAGACUUAAUUGCUCGAAUGUUAGUACGGAAUCCGGAAAAGAGGGCGACACUUGCCGAAAUAUCUAAGCAUAAAUGGUUAAUGGUUGGCAAACAAGACAAUCCACCUCUUGAUACUCUUCCGUUAGUUUCUAGGGAACAGUUAAUCGAAGAAGAUCAUAAUCUUAUUGUCCAGAAAAUAGUGAACGGAAAUAUUGCCACCAAAGAAGAAAUACAAGAAAGUUUGGAUAAAAAUGAGUAUAACCAUGUCACUGCAACGUACUAUUUGUUGGCGGAAAGAAAACUGAGAUCUAAACGACAAGAUCAAGUCCCAAAAAAUAAAAGACCAGAACACUUGGCAGUACCACAUAAUUCUCCAGCUCCAAAAAGGGAUAAUAAUGGUACCGGCCCAUCGCCUUGUCUCUUGACUGUACCUAGGACGCCUGGAGAUGUACCACAGCGGUCUCGUAAAUGCAGCAUAGUCCAAGAAGAUGAAGAGGAAGAAGACAUCUCAAGUUGUUCAGGUCGAGAAGAACUAGCACCUCCACUCAAUCGAAGAGGUUCUCGGUCAGAAGGGCGCCUGAAUCUCGCAUUACAAGAAAGACUAGCCGAAUCAGAAAGAAGAAAACCCUCGAUCGAAAAGAAAGAACCCUCAGAUGGAGUACCAAAAGUUCCACCACUGCGAACCAUUAAAAAUGACAGAAAAGUCCCCGAGAACAAGAUAACUCAGCCUAAUCAGAAUCUCAAGUGGCGAAUGGGUAAAAGUUCCAGCUUAGCUGAAUCACCGGUCCAGGUUAAAAUCAUCGAGGAAAUGGUCCCCAAAACUGACGUCACUACCACCACCAUUAUCACCGAUUCGUCUACUAUUUCCAUACCGAUUAUAACCACGAAUUCCCCUUUGUCUUGUCAGGCGAUUCCAAAGUACAAAACUAUGCCGUCGCCCACGAGGACCACAAGUAUAAGCGGAGGCGGCUCGCCUCUGCAGUUGAACGAGAUAUUCGAGGAAGGUGAUGGUCAAGAUACGCCGAGACCCACGUCACGCCAGUUUGUCAGCAGGAAUCAGAACAGGACAUCGUACGAACAAAGGCGAUCAAAAUUUCAUAAAGCGCGAACAGCUUCUUGCAGUUCUUCGGAUGCUAGCGAUGACGAUAGCGAGAAGAGAAAGAAGAGAGCACAUAAACUGAACAACACGAGCGCUAAACCCUUCCAGGGGCGCAGGGACAGUCACGAUGAUAGCAGUGACUCGCAGGAGCCUGGCACAGGGGCGGGAAGCGGCGGCAAUAACAACAGAAUGACAACUGUCACGGUACAAAAUAGCACGAGCAAUACUCAACAUUCACACAAAAACGGAAGCACAACGAACAGCGGAAGCACAGGCGGAAGAAAAAAUACCACCCAAAACAAUAUUACUUUGGGACGACGGCAUAAAGCCAGCAGGAGAAGGAACGGCGAAACGAGAUUAAGAGAGAGUCAGUCCUUGAACAGGAUAACGGAAGUUCAGGAGGACGGAGCACACGCGUUAGUUAUAGCCACGAGCGUUGUGGGAACGCAGGGAGUCGUCAACCCUAAAGCACGCGGUAUCGGCGCUAGGAUUCUUCAAGGAUUUAACAUGACAAUGAAGAAAUCUCAAGACGAGAAAGUAACUCACAUAUCCCGAAAGGACACUGUCAAGAGUGCCGAGUUCGAUGGAAUAGAAGUAGAUCGAGAAAAACCGAAAGAUGAUGUAGAGAGUUGCAAUAAAAUCGUUAGCGACCGAUCAGGUUUGAAGAAGAUGAGAUUGUUAGGGAAGUAUUUUCAAGUUCACAAAAAGCUGUGUAUACCUUUGCCGGGGUUGUUUAGUAGAAAUCGGUUAUACAAGGCUCAAUCGUGUAGCUCUUUAGCUCGAGACAAAGUCAGUAUAAAUAACGAAACGAUGUUGCGGUGUCGGCAGAGGGCUGUGAGUGUCAUUCGAAAUAGUGACGGUGAUAUUAAUCAAAACGACAAACCCCAAAGAAAAUCUUCAACGGUUGUACAGUUGAACAAUGUGUGUAACGAACUAACUGGGAUUUGUGCUGUUCAUCUUGGACAAGCGUCGAAAUGUUGUAGUUUUUGUUGACGGUGUAAGUAAUUCCUAAACCAAAGUUAAGUCAUUAGUCGAAUAAAUUGUAGCAAUUUCUUUAUUAAGCUCAAAUUCUAAUCGUCAUUCUUAAGAGUCUAACUUGGCCAAAGUGUAGGUUAUGUAAUCUUUUCCUUUUAUGGUGUCUUAUUUUUAUCUAUUUAGAUGUUGUAAACGAUUGAUUCAUUGGUUUAAACAUUUCUAGUUGUUAAUCAAAAACAAACAAAAAAAACUAAAAAUCAAAUAACAGACAGGUGUUUACGGAUUGUACGUCUUUGUGGAGUUCUAUUUUUCAUGGAUUUUUUUUUAAGAGUUAUUAUUGUCUGCUAUCCGCUGGUCGGGUCCAUUAUUUAAGGUUAAAAUACUUCGAUUUUACUUUAUUUAUUUCGUGUAAUUUAAGAAUUAAUGCAUGCACCACGUAUUGGAUGUUCUUGAAUACUCGAGUCUUCCAGGUUGAUUUAAUUUAGAUUUUUUUAUUAACAGCAAAAUGGAACUAAGAGGAAUCUUUUAAUGCGUUGCUUUUCAAUAUUCCUUGAAGUAAUAAUUUUGUUUGUACACCUUUAAGUUUUAAUUGUUAAAAGAUAUGUAUUUUUUAAAACGCGAUAUUUACACAAACAGCCUACUUUUCAUAUUAUAUACAUAAACUGUUAUCAAUGUCGUGAUAAAAUAUAAUUUUACUUACCAAGUAAAAAACUGUACAAUAUUUGUAUAUAAAUAGGGUAAAAUCCAGGUAACACAUUCAUCUACAACCUAUCAACCCCGACAUUUGUAAAAUUGUAAAGGCGUAAAUGAUAGUUCUAUUAGAACGAAUAACAAGAUUUGGUUAUGAAAUAUUUUUCAUUUUUACAGUUUUACAAUAGGUCGUCGUUUUUAGGGGAAGUGUUUAUUAUUGCUCGUAAAAACCAAGUAAUCGUGGCAAAGAGUAGAGUAGAAAUAACAACUGAAUUAAUUUGUACAGUGCUUUUAUAAAUAUUUCUUUCAUCUAGUACCCUGUGGAAUUUAAAAGAGUUGCAGAUUUGCCACUUCUUAAUAACGCUAGACAUUUUUCACGUUUUAAUUGUUAUGUACAUACUGUGAAUGUGUCAUCCGUCAAAUUAAUUGUGACGUUUUAACUUUCGUUUUUUUCCCAUUAUAGUUUGUUACACAUUGUGAAAGAAACGGAACAAAUCAGUGCUCACCUCGAUGUUAGUAUUAUUUAUGAAAGCUCUGUAAGCAAUGUAAAUAUGACAACUUUUCACAUCAUAUACGCUUGAAAUUUUUUCUGGUAAUUUUGAAACGAGCGAUCAAAUAAAAAACACCUCUAGUUACUUCUCGAUGCUCAAAUGUAUUCUGAACGUAUAGCGUAGCUAUCUUCGUAACAAUGAUUUGAGCUAAGAACGAUAAUAAUUUGAAUAGUGACAGAUAGUCUGCAAAUGAGAGCAACGAUAGAAUUGACACAACGAGUUUGACACUGACAGAUGUGUACGAUACAGUGUACGAUGUCAGCUACGCCAUGUGUUCAAAAAACAUUUGCGCAUCGAGUAGUAACUAGAUAAAUUGAUAAUCGGAUGAAUCUUAUUUUUGUAUUAUUUUGUUUAGGUAUUUUCUGAUCAGUCCUAGUUAUUUGCAUAGCACUGGAAAUAUCAAAAAUUUCGAUACAAAAUACAUCUGCAAAUGGCCGUAUUUAAGAAAAAAUAUUGUUGACAAAACUCUUUUUCAGCGUAUUUUAAUAAUGCUAAUUCAUUUUUAUGAUUACUUGGUGUCAUAUAAAUCUAAUUUUUGAAACAUAUUGGGUAACAAAUUAUAGUAUGGAAUAGUAUUUUCUGCUUGACAUUUCAACGAGUUAUUUACAAAUUUUCAAAUAAACUAUAACUAAAUAUAAAUAAAAUCAUAACAAAUCUUGAAGUGAGGUCAUGUUAUUAAUUAAUAAACAAAGCGUAUUUGCCAAAUUCUAAAGCAACUAUAAAUUUGUGUAACAUAGUGUCAUGGAGAAAUGUUUGAACAUAAUUUGUGAGAAAAUACAGUAUUAGAAAGCUUAAUAUUUAUGACACAUCUGUAUUACAAACAUAUCGGCGUGUUACGACACAGCAUAUAACUCAAAUUUUUCUACCAGAAUCUCCUAUGUUUGAUUUAUUUUUCUAAACAAAUUAUAAAAAAAAUAUCCAAUUUAUGAACAACUUCUCUACAUAGCCAGUGCGUGCCUUUGUUAUGGAAAUUUUCAGCACUGACACACAAUUUUAUAAACCCAUGUAUGUUUUGGCCGAUCCUGCAUACAAAAAGGUUGACACUGAUGGUUGUCUUUCUACAUAUUAUCUUGUCGUUCAUAAGUAGUUGGACUCUUGUAAACUGUAGGGUAUCACUCGUCACAUAGUUAUUAUCAACCUGACAUUUAAAUGAUGGAUAACCUUCACCAGUCAAAUAUCUAUAUCCGUCAAAAAAUGUAUUAAUAUUACAUUGACAAGUUACCUGCUGAAUUUAACUUAUUUUAAUGUAAUCGCGUAUGAGGCUUUUCACUUCAUAAAGCCAAAAAACUGUGCAUGCGCAGAUAAGUGUUGAUUGAGGCACCAAAGAUACCUCCACAUAGAAUUUAGUUUCUGGAUUGUUGUAUGUGUUCAUAUGAUCAUGACAAGGCAAAAUCAAUUGAUUUUUAUUUAUGCUAUUUUGGCCAUGUCAGGAGCAUUUCUAUGAGAUUAAUUCAUGAUAAUACUCUUUUGUACUAUAACCAAUGUUUAAUGGUGUGUUAAAAAUUCCUCUUAUUUCCAAUUUGCUUAACGUUCGUGUACAUAUUUGUUUCUUAUAUUUAUAUUUAAUGAAAUUGUUGAAAGUUUUAGGGUUUUCAGAAUGUAAACGUAUAAGACUGAUUUAAAAUAAUAUUAAUGAACCAAAUUUGCAUUUUAAUAAUUUUAUUGAAUAUAAAUAUUUCUCCAGGUGUAAGUACUCUGUGAAGUUAAUAAAGUAUCUUUUCUUUUACUAUAUGAUAAAAAACAGUGUAGUUCUACAAAUACAGAAUCUAGAGUGUAGUGAAUGUGCAAUAGUUGCAUUGUUUUCAGUGUUAUAAAAUGUUUAACUGUGUGAUUUUUAGAUAUUUUAAUUUCAAUACACUGAUCUGAUUAAUCCAUCAAGAUAUAUAUCUACGCAUACUUUUCGUUUAACAAUUUAUCAUGACCAAGUAUUGACUUAACUCUUAUCUGACUUCGUUUUCUCUGUUAAUUUAGUUUUGUACGAACUCGUACGGAUAAGAGUUAAAUAACAAACUUGUAAGGUAUGUGCUAUGCACAAAAUUUCCUGUGUAAUUAGCUCAUAACAUUUCUUUGACAUUAAGUAUCAACCAAUUUUAAUUUAUUGUAUUUAAGUGUAACUCUCUUUACCUAACACUUUUGUGUGCCUUUGUUUUGUAGAUGCUAUUUAUUGAUGUCAAGCUGGUCUUGUCGUUAGUAAUAGUUGUCUCUUUGUAUGCAUCUGUGUGUGCACCUAAUGAAUAAAUAUUUAACAGGCA